ACCUAGCCAGCCAGCCAGCAAGCAAGCAAAGCAACCAGGCCUAGGUGGCCGCCGGGCGAAGUCGUCCGUCGCCUCGCCUCGCCUCGCCGCGCCGCGCCCUAUAUAUCUCGCCCCACGCCGAGCGGCAGACGGAGAUCAGAGGUUUGGACAAAACCAUUAGCUAGAGUGCCAUCACAUUUCCUUCAGCGCUACUCUAAUCGCAAGCUGAGUCGUCGCGGUUGAUCUGAUUGAUCAUUGAGAGAAAGAAAAAAAAAACAUGUCGCAGAACGCGGCGGCGGCGUGGGCGCAGGCCGCCGAGCGGGAGCGCCGGGCGCCGUUCACGGACCCCAUCGAGAUCCCGGCCACCUCGGGGCCGCGGCGGGAGGAGGGUCAGGGAGACGAUGACGGCGAGGCGGCGGUGCCGCCGCACGUGCUGCUGGCGCGGCGCAGGGCGGCGUCCUCGGUGUGCUCCGGGCAGGGCCGCACGCUCAAGGGCCGGGACCUGCGCCGCGUGCGCGACUCCGUCCUGCGGAUGACCGGCUUCAUCGAGAGCUAGCCCAUAGCCGCCUCAGCCAGCGGCGGCACGCGCGCGCCCGUCUCGGUCCUGGCUGUGGCUGUCCACCUCGCUGGUUAGCUUAGCAUCAAUAAUGCAGCGACUAGCAAGCAAGCAAGCAAGCGUCUCUGUCCAUCCCCACGAUCCAAAUGGUCGAACAUGUCACACUGUUUGAGUCAGUCCCUGAUUAAUUCAUUGGUCGAUUUCCUUUUGUGAGAUUGAGGUUAGAAGGAAUUGAUGGCAUCAUGGCAAGGCAUUUUGUAUUCCUUUGUAAAUUCAUACGAAAUGUGAGGUGGAUUUCAUUCAGUCUUUUA